AUAAACAUUUUUUUUCUUUCACAGAAUAGUGCAAUCGAUGAUGAUAAUUCAUAUAUUUCUGGGAGUGACGAAUAUGAAAUUCAAAUUGGUAAUAACAAUAGAAAUGAGUACAACAGCUUAACACAGAAUGGUAUCAUUGAUCAUAUUUCUGAAAGUGAGGAUGAGGAUGAGGAUAAGUUGGGUAGUAGCAAUGAAAAUGAGCACAACGAUUUAACAAAAAAAGGGACAAAAAGGAAACGCAAUAAACAUCUGACCAGUGUCAGAGAACGAAAUCAAAUUAAAUUUCAGAAAAAAGUUGAGAAACACAAUUUGAAACCCCCCUGUAUUUCAUGUAAAAAAAAUUGUAUUACACUGAUACCUGAAAUAUUAAGACUUGAAAUUAAUAAACAGUUUUGGAGUGUGUCCAAAAAUGAACAAAGGAUGUAUGUAAUUAAUUCAGUUGAACGAAGAGAUGUUAAGCGUAGAAGAGGACAUGAUGAAAUAAGAAAAAAAUGGUCUUUUUAUUAUACCCUUACAAAUUUGGAUGGCAUUAAAGUAUAUGUUUGUAAAUUAUUUUACCUUGCAACAUUGGGAUUUUCAUCAAAAAAUGAUUAUUUUAUUCAAAAUAUCUGCUCAAAUAUGACUGAAAAAAGUGCAAUUGUGUCUCCUUUGAAUAAAAUAACUAGAACUGCAUGGAACAAAUGUGAUUUAGAACCGAUAAAGGAACACAUUAAUUCAUUCAACCCAACAGUGGCUCAUUAUAGGAGGGAACAUGCUCCCAACAGGAAAUACUUGCCAAAUGAAAUCAAUGCGACCUACAUGUAUUCUGAUUUUAAAGAAAAAAAUCCAGCCAUUAAAUUUUCAUACGAUGUCUAUAGAAGAACAUUAAGGGAAAUGAAUAUAUCUUUUACCAAACUAGGCCAUGAAGAGUGUGAACUUUGUGAAUUAUUUGAUCAACAUGAUUCAACACACACAAAACAAACAUUAAAUGAACAGUAUAAUAUUUGUGAUAUUUGCAAAAAAUACACUUUGCACUUGGAAAAAUAUAUAAAUGCUCGAGCUAAGUAUGAGAGCCAUGCCGUUCAAAAAAAGAAAGGUAAUACAAACUUAGAUAAAAUCUAUUAAAACAGUAUUAAUUAUAUAGCUAAAUGUAUUUUUAUUUUCACAGAUGAUGAAAUCUAUGUAUCGGCUGACUUACAAAAAGUUAUUAUGUUACCUAGAAUGGAAAACUUUAAGGCAGCUAUUUUUACCAAAAGGGUCAUUGCUUUCAAUGAAAGUUUUGUACCGAUUGGCCCCAAAGGAUGUAUUAAGCCAUUAGCGAUAAUAUGGCACGAGGGUAUACAAGGAAGGAAACAAGAAGAUUUAACUAGUUGUUUUCGUGCAUUUUUUUUAUAUUUCAAGGACAUGAAAAAAAUAACAAUUUGGCUGGAUAACUGUUCAGCACAAAACAAAAAUUGGUGCUUUCUUACCUUCUUAGUUCAAAUAAUUAAUUCUCAAGAUAUCCAGGCUCUAGAAAUUAGUUUAUUUUAUUUCCAGCCCGGGCAUAGUUUUAUGUCUGCCGACCAUUUUCAUCACCAGGUUGAGUUGGCUAUGAAAAAAAUGGGAAAAAUAUAUGAUUAUUCUGAUUUUGAACAAUGUAUCAAAUCAGCUAACAAAGGUUUUGUUGAUGCCAAAGUUAUGAGAGUAGAAGACUUUUUUGAUUUCAAAUCAGAAUGUUCGGUAUAUAAAUUAAACAAAAAAUUAGAUAGGCCUAUGUUAAAUGACAUAGUUCAUAUUAAAGCCGAAAGAGGAUUGGAUUACUUAAUGUAUUCCACUACCUAUGACGAUUAUUCACCACUUCAGCAACUUGACUUUCUUAAGCAAUCCACGUUAAAAAAAGGCAUUGAACAACCACUACAAAAAGUAAGCCCAAGAGGAAUCCAUCCUUCAAAAAAACAAAGUAUUAUCAAAGUUCUAUUACCUUUAAUGCCACAAAAUCGGAGGAAGUUUUGGUUGGAUUUUCCUACUUCAGAAACAGCAAAUGACCUAUAUGAAGAAGGAGACUGAUUUAUAUUUAUUUAUUUUUAUUAAGUUUUAUAUACUGACGUAUAAUAAGUGUUGAUUAAAAAUAAGAUUGUUAUUUUUAAAUAUUUUUAAGUCCCUAUAUAUUUGUUUUUAUUAACACUAAUUUAUAUAUGCAUUUGUCAAGGAAGACAUUUUAAGAAAUUUUGUUUUUUAUUUAAAAUUUUUUCUUUUAGUUUAAUAUUAAAUUUUUUCAU